AUGUUCUUCAGAGGAAACUCCAUAACAACGCUCAGGGCGAACAGAUUCGACUAUUUGACCGAAUUGGAGGAAUUGGAUUUGGACAGUUGUAAAAUCGUAAAUAUCGAAGUUGGGGCGUUUGAUGGAUUAAAAUCUUUAAAGACCCUUAAGUUGGACAAGAACUUGAUGGCAUCUCUCCCACCGAGUGUGUUCCGAAACUUAAAUCUUACAAAAUUGUCGCUGCGUCUUAAUGAUGAACUUAUCGAGCUCAGUUCGAAUGCAUUCAACAUUCUCACUUCCGAAUUACUCGACCUUUCAUAUUCGGAUAAACUCGCGAACAUAAAGUCUGAUUCGUUCACUGGGGCGAAUAUCAAAAGUAUGACAAUCAUAGAUUCAGACAUAACUGCAGUUGGCUCUAAAGCGUUCAGUCCCCUUGGUUCCUCGUUGAAGAGUUUAGGCAUUUCCCGGAACAAACGUCCUCUAGUUUUACCGGACGACCCUUUCGAUGGAUUAAACUUGGACUCACUCCGAUUGUGGCAAGAUGGGUUGACAAGGUUGAACUUCCUUAAGGGCCUGAGAACAAAAACUUUGUAUUUGGCUUCGAAUAAUUUCGACACCAUUGACUUUAGCCCAUACGUUCUGUUGAAAGAUACUCUGACACGCAUUAAUCUCGAUGGUUGUGGAAUUGACUACCUUACAAAGAGAUCAUUCGAUAACCUUGAGCGUGUGACUUAUCUUGAACUAUCGAGCAAUAACCUAACGAUCCUCGAUGGCGCUGUUUUUGAGGAUCUCAAGAACCUCAGUCAAAUAUUCUUAUGGUAUAAUCAAAUCCACACUAUCACGGAUGACUUUGGUGACUAUCUUCCUAAUCUAGGUUCUUUGAGAAUGCGAUACAAUUCCGUUUCACGAGUCAAUGGGGCCAUGUUUGCUAAGAUGCGACGUCUGAUACAAUUAAACUUGUCUUUUAACAAGAUACAAUACAUGCCCAAAGAUAUGAAACCCAUCCUAGAUAGACUUGUGAGAAACAACGAUUUCGAGGGCAAUCCUUUCCAUUGCAAUUGUGAGAUGCUGUGGUUCUGGGAGUGGGCCAUGGUGAACAGCAGCAGGUUUAGAACCAUGCGCUGUGCAACGCCUUUACACCCUCCUAAGAGAUUUGACCAGAUGCGAGAAGAAGACUUUAUUUGCAUCCCCGCUACCUUAUGUGGUUCGCCUAAUAUAACGUUAUCACGAGGAAGCUCUGGAAAUGUAAGUUGUACGAGUAGCGGGGAUCCUGCCCCUAAACUAACCAUAUCUAACAACGAAGGAAGAAUUGUUGCCGAGAGUGACUUCCCAGUCAACAAGACAACAUUGGAGAAUGAAGUUGUCUUCAAAAUCGAAACAGUCAAUCCAGGUUUCGUUGGUUCAUACACAUGCAAUGCUACGCAUCCUUUGGGAGACCUUACUAUGGAUACUUGCUUACGAGUCAUGACACCAGACGGGACGCCAGAACCUCCUUUUCGUUCUGAUGAUGUUUGUGUUGGAUUCUGGGUAACAUCUACAACUAGUUCCACAACAACUACAACAACUAUCGCACCGACAACUGAGGAAGAAACAACACGUUCUGGGGAGACAACUGAAACAAUAACCAUGGUACAAACAACGGGUAGAGAAGAGUUAACUACAGAGGCUGAUGAUACGACUAUAACAACACAGCGACCUUCAACCGCACCAACCACAUCAGAAUGUCCAGCGAGCAAUUGGACUGAACAAACCACGAUGUCAAACACACCAGGAAACAACCUCCCGUUACAAGAUGGCGUCCCAAUGGGCCGAUUCACAACAUCUAUAAUUGCGGGUGUACUCUCUACAUUUGUGGGGACGUUGUUUUUAGUUGGAGUGUUAUUUUAUCUCUAUAGACGGAAGGCAUCCAAGAGGCAACGCAGUGACGUCAGUGAGAUGGUUGUGACGGGUACAGGGGACGCUAACGAUGGUUACUAUGAAAGCAAAAGUUUGUAAAACAAAACAGAAGGUGGCCCCACAUUAAGAACAUAAUUGCAAAGCUUAUACAAACCCUGAUUACAAGGGUACUAGUACAUUGGUAACACGAAAGGGGCAUUUAUCAAGUGACUAGGAAAUAUGGAAAAGGCAAACGAACUGUAAACACAUAGUAAUAUGAAGUAUAG